UCACGGGGAGCGGCCGCCGGGGAGCCCCAGCCCGAGCAGCGCCCCGGGGUGAGUCCGCCCGGCCCCGGCGCUCGCUCCCGCACGAGAAACUCCCGCGCCGCCGCCUCGCCGGGCCAGGCGACGAGGCCACCCUCCGUCCUGCUGGUGGGCUCAGGCUGAGUAAGCCCUGAUUGCAGGGUGAACGGGAAACCUCCGUAAUCGUCAUCCUCGCCUCUGGGCUUGGAGCCCGUUCAGAUCUUGCUGCUUCGAGGGGGCUGCUCCACCCACCCCCAGAUUUACAAUAAAAGUUGAAGCUGCAUUUCUUGCAUCUUAUGGUAAGAAGAUACGGCUGCUUCUGACCCGGGUUAUUAAGGGGAGAUACAACCUGAAGUUUGUUUUCCUCGGUUUUUGCUAUGCAAGAAAAUUGAUUAUUUGUACAAAGCACGUAAACUCGUAUAACCUUUUUCUGAGUCAAGGACGGAGCGGACAUGAAGCUGAGGAUCACAAAGUAAAGUGGAUUCAGUACUUACCGCUCCUACAGUCCUGGAUGGCUUGUAGCUUUCAUCAUUAAGUUUAGCCGUGGGAGGGGUACGCUAGUGAAUUUGCAAAAAUGGAUAAUAAAUAUGAUGAUCUGGGCCUAGAGGCAAGUAAAUUUAUAGAAGAUCUCAAUAUGUAUGAAGCCUCCAAGGAUGGACUCUUUCGGGUGGACAAAGCUGUUGGCAACAACCCGGAAUUUGAGGAAACCAGGAGAGUUUUUGCCACUAAAAUGGCUAAAAUUCAUCUCCAAAAACAACAGCAGCAGCAGCAAGAAGAGGAGCUGAUGUUGGCUGACUCUGGGUCUCUAAAUGGUGGGGCCAGUUUCAGUGUCCAGCAGCAGUUUCCAAACCACCCUGUGCCUGGAGUAGCUGCGGGGGCCAGUAAAUUGCGUUCAGGAGAAAAUAUUGCCAAACCUCCUCUGGCCACAGCAUCAGUGUGUGCAGCGCACCAGCUUGCUUUUCCACACCACCCACAAGCUGUUCCUGAUGGACAGCGAACAAAAUUAUACCAAGAUGGCAAAACAGCUAGCAAAGAAUAUGGCUGUAGAGAGAAUCUGGGGGAUUCUGAGGUCUCUGAAGGACAUGGGUUCCACAGAGCAGCCCAUGUGAAUCCCAACACUACAAAGCCAUCUUUUCCUUCUCUUCCCCAUGGACAGCAUUAUAAUGAGAAUCAGACAGGCAUCCCUGCAUGGGGAGGAGAUGCUGGUAAGUUUUCCAUCCCAAAAUCUGGUUUGGGGAGUUUACAAUCCAAUGUUAAUCAUAAUGAUCAGUUACUAAGGAGUCCUACAAAAACCCAAGCUGAUCCUCACCCUUACCAGCAUCAGAAGUCACUGAGCUCCUGCAGGUCGUCUGAAAGUGGGUAUGGAAGUCAGGAAAAUGGAAAUGAAAGCAAGAGACACAGUCAAGGCUAUGACCAAAACUCAACUGGUCAGAGAUCUUCCUCUUUCUCACACACUCUGACCCCCUUUUCCACUUCUACAGGGUUUAAUGAUGAGACAGCAGUGAGAUUUCCACAGCAGAGAUCUUCCUCAUUCUCAGCCCCAUCAACAUUGCCUGCACAAGGGUUUUCAGGUCUGUCUGAUCAAUUUAGCCCAAACCCUGAGAGUGAGAUGCUACCUUCUGGCACACCACGCAAAACCAGUCACGACCACUCGUUAUGGUACCAUGACAAUUCUAGUUCUUCCACUUCUAGUUCAGCUCCUACUCCGUUGCCUCCAAGCGUAGAUUAUCAGCAAGCCAGUGCUUAUCCCAAGUCUACAGCCCAUUUCAUAGUUCAUGGUCAAAAUCACAGGCUUAAUUGUCCUGGCUCUGGCAUAAGUCCUGAGCAGAAUUCCAUCAGCGUAGCUUCACAUGGGCCAAUGAUUUCUGAUGCUCCAAGAUCUCCGUUUAAAGAGGGCAUAAGCAGUCUGCAUCAUGACUCAGGACACCAGGAAAAUUCCAGUUCUACAAAAGUAAAAUUACCCUGUCAGACCCUCCUUCCACAGCAGGAACAAGGGCCGUCUGCAGCUGAAUUAAAAUUAGAAGCACUUACCCAGCGUCUGGAGCAAGAGAUGGAUGCUCGUCCCAAGGCUGACUACUUUGGAACCUGCGUGAAGUGCAGCCAAGGUGUGUAUGGAGCAAACCAGGCUUGCCAAGCCAUGGGGAAUCUCUACCAUGAUGGCUGCUUCACCUGUGGAGCAUGCAGUCGAAAACUGAGAGGAAAAGCCUUUUAUUUUGUUAACGGAAAGGUGUUCUGUGAAGAAGACUUUCUGUAUUCAGGUUUCCAGCAGUCAGCUGACAGGUGUUUCAUUUGUGGUCACUUGAUAAUGGACAUGAUCCUGCAGGCUCUAGGGAAAUCAUACCAUCCAGGCUGCUUCCGUUGUGUGAUCUGUAAUGAAUGUCUGGAUGGAGUGCCAUUCACUGUAGACACUGAGAACAAAAUCUACUGUGUCAGAGAUUACCACAAAGUUUUAGCUCCAAAAUGUGCAGCAUGUGGACAUCCCAUUCUGCCGACUGAGGGGUCCGAUGAGACAAUUCGGGUUGUGUCCAUGGACAAGGAUUACCACGUGGAAUGUUAUCACUGUGAGGAUUGUGGAAUGGAACUCAAUGAUGAAGAUGGACAUCGCUGUUAUCCGCUAGAUGAACAUUUGCUUUGUCACUCCUGUCACCUGAAGCAUAUAGAAAAAGGCACAGCUCCAGCAGCUAUGUACCAGCAUCACUACUAGUCAGUACUGCUAAUUCCAAGAAUUAGCCUGUCAGAGGACUUGUUACAGUUCACAUUUUUCCCCAGUUGAUUUCCAGUAUGCAUUUUCCCCAAUCAGUAGUUUACAGUAAGAGGAUACAGAGACAUUAUCUAGAUUUUUUUUCAAGGUUUGUAUGUAUGUGAGCUCUACUCGUAUCACAAAUACGUGUAUUUGAACAUGUAAUGUUUUCCAGGCUGGUCGAUUUAUUUUCCCGUGCCUUUUUCUGAUCUCAAAAGCUCUGUACUUUCACUUGGGAAGAUUUUUCAGUAGAAGUACAACCACCUAUCACAUCAGUGAGUUCAUAUCAUGUCAUGCACAAUUAAUAAGCCACAGACCUCUCUACCUGCCUGCUGAGAACAUUUCUUCAGUCUGUGAAGUGGUUUCUGACAAGCAUGUUUCAUCAAAUCCCCCAAGGAUAUCAGCUUAUUAAUACUAAUUCUUAGACUCUUUAUAAUUCUUUAGAAAAAGGGCUCUGUCCACAAAAGCACAUUCAGACCUUUCAGUUUGUUCCCAGAACUCCGAUGCCAGCCUGGCUGUGAAAUGGUUGUGAUGCAGAAUAGCAAUCUGAGCACAAACCAGGCAUCUCACUUGGCUGCUGAAUGUCCACAUCCCAACAGUUAUUUUUUUUUAAACUGGAGCAAGAUAUACAAAGCCAUUUUGGCAAAUAUGGUCACCUGUGCUGCUGCUUGUGCAUUAGCAUGGUACACUAGGAUAACUUUAUACAACAAAGUCUGAGCAGCAAAUUACAUUUGAAAAUAUCUGGAUGCUGAAAAUAUGUACGUGAGGGCAAUCUAGCUCCCAUUAUCUCUUGCAGAAGUCACUUUAGAAAAGAGCUCUGUGCACACAGACACUUCCUAAGCUUUUCAUUUUGUCCAUGGAGCUCAGACAUCAACACUGCUGUGAAAAAGGUGUGAGUCAGGAGGGCUCUGUACUCACUUCCACAGUGUUUAUGCAGCUCAGACCUAUUUCAUAAUUAUGCCCAUUUAGAGUUCUGGGAACAGAUUCAAGAGCAUGAUGAAGGCUUUAUGUUUGCACAGAUUUAGAGCCUAACUCUGCAACCAUCACUUGUGAGUAAGCCCAUUGACACACAUGGAUUUGCUCACAUGAAUAAGGAUUACUUACGUGAACAGGGCUUGCAGGAUUAGAUCCUUAUUGUUUUUGUUCUGUUCAGAAAGCAAAAAUGGCAGAUGUUUUUCCUUUUUAAACACCCAUGCCUUUUAAUCAAAGAAACUGCCUCCCAAUGGGUGCACAGCUAUGUGUGUGUUAAAUAUGUGAUGGGUAUUAUUUGCAGUACACAUACUGUGCGUACUAAAACUUUGCAGAAACUGGUAUACAGGUACAUUUUUUUUAUUUAAAAAACCAGCUGUUUCGUGUCUGUGAACUGACAUCCCCAACGUAUCCUAAGUGUAUUGAAGACUAAUUAAAUACUAACAAUCCUUUUGCAUCAGAGCUAAGCUAUUUAUUCAACCCUGUUUGAUAGUAUGGUGUACGGUUUCCUCCAAGAUCCACCAUGAAACAGUGCUGACUGAAUUAGCUAACCAGUGGUAACUACAUUCCAGGAAUGAGCCGGAGCAAAGUAGUAAUACUCUUCAACCAAACAUCUCUUCCAGUAACAACUUUCUGUUGCUAGCUAAUUGCUUGAAGUUAAAAAAUAUAGGGCCAGAUUCUGCCACUCUUACUCCCAUUGAAUAGUAUUUUACUCCAGGAGUAGUCCUACUGAAAUGAAUGGAGGAAUAAAGUAUUACUCAGCUAACAGUGGCAGAAUCUGGCUCAUGUUUGAUGAUAUUCUAAUAUAUACAUUUCUCCCGCUCCUGCCCCUCCAUUUUUCUCCCCCAGUAUCCUUAGCCUAGAGCUGAGAGGAGCCAAUCCUGAAAGGUGAGAAGUGCUUCCUACAAAUUGCUGAGUGUGCUCAACUUCACUUUGCAGAAUUGGGCCCAGCUGUUUUUUUUGUUUUUCACCGAAUGUCACGAGAGGGGCAUUUUGUCCCACAAAGCAAUAGCUCUCAGCAUCCCAGCCAAAGUCACCCUCUGUCACUAUUUCCAAUGACAACAGUAACUCCCAGGUGAAGCAGUCACUCUGUCGUGAGGACAGAUAGGGCUCUUUCAAAGCUAUUGAUAAUGCUGUUCCCUGUUUCUUGUGGUAGAGGAUGCAAGAAAGCAGUGCAGAUUGCUCCAUUUGCCUGGGGACCAUGAGACAAGCAACUUUCCCAUCUCCCCACUCUCCUUUCAUCCACCCCUCUUUCUUCCUCUCUCUCUUAUGCACACGCUAUCUCUAAGGUUGUCUAGAUUAGUGGAGAAAACUUUUGCUGGGUGUUUAACACCUUAAAAUAUUAAUCUGCAUUAACAAUUUACUACAUAUGCUCAUUUGCCACAAUGCGAGUAGAAAUAAACAGAACCCAGCAAGCGUACUCAGUGGGGAGGGCAUUGGUUUAACACCUGCAGGGGAGAACUAUGAUGCGAUUAGUAGUGAUGGGCAGGUUUCCAAUCCGAUGCCUCAGUUUGCCCUGACUGCCCUGCUCUGGCCAGAAACCAGGCAAGGCUCUGGACUCUGCUGAUCUGACCGAGCCCUGGGCCAAAAUCAAACACCCCUACAGAGUGCAGCAAACUGAUUUUUAUGACCCCUCCAUUAGGUGAAUGCCUCUGCAUGUACUUCAUUGUGACUGCUGCCCUUUGGGACGAUGCCACUGGAAUAAGGUUGGCAAGCAAGUCCUAUAACGAAGACCAGAAAGGAUGGUUGGUUAGGGCUGUUCAGCAAGUUAUUGAACAAGUGGGGUAGUUUAGCUCUGAAGCCCCAAUAUCCCCAAAGACUUACAGCCUCCAGAUGAGUGAGGGAGGAAUAUUAUUCAGGACUGGUAGUCACUGCAUUAGUAUUGAGAGAAACAUUCCUAUGCUAGUCCCCUUGACUCUGAGGCAUGAUGGGGAGUUUUACUGUUGAUUUCAGCAGGAGCAGAAUCAGCUCCAAGUUGUACAAGAACUAGAACAUGGAACUGGAGGGCUCAAUAUGCACCUAUUGAACAACAGGGAGGGGGAGGGGGCAUGCUAAUGCAGCAGCAGUGCUAUACACACAAAGGCUGAGCCAGGUGUAGUAACACGUAAGGACCAAAUCCUAUCAGGUGCUGAGCACCCUCCACUUCAUUUACCUUAGUGGAAGUGGAGGCUGCUCAGCUCUGCAGAGGAUCCAAGCCUGUAGUGCUUGCAGCCACACUCAGUAGGUGUUUGAAAAAAGCAGUUGCAAUCUAAGAUUGCGCCAAGGUGCUUGGGUGGGAAGCAGUGUAAAUUGGCAACUAAUGAACAUCACUAACUAUUCCUUGUAAACUAAAGCAUUCUGACCGGAGAAUAUAUGAAUAACUUUCAUAGGGAUGAGGCAUAAAUGCCAGGCCUGGCACUACUGCUCUACCCUCAAGAGAUCAGCAAUCCCAUGGCUAAGUUUUAUUAGUGAUACUGACUUUCAGAAAGCCACUGGUAUGCAUGCGUUUCUGGUCACAAUGUGGGGAAGAUGUGAAAACACUAACAAGAACUGGACUCUCUUUUAAACACAAUAGACUCGUCAGUCAUUUAGGGCAACAUCUGCGUGAUGCAGAAUAGAGAUGAUUGGGUUAUUUUGGGCUGCAGUCAGACCAGAGGAAAAGCAAUCUCACAAGAAGUCUGCUGCUUGUUGAUUUAAAAAUAUACCCAUGGAAAACUAGUCAAUGAUACUCAAGUACUGGACAACUUACUAUUCAAUAGAUAUUGGCGGCUUCUCCUUGGGUUUAAACUGUCACUCUCCUUUCUAACACGAAGAGGGGAGGGAAAUGAGAGAAUGAAAAGUUACUCUGUGGAAAGCCUCUCUUGGCCUGUCAUUCUGCUGUGAGUUACACUGGAGAAGAUUUCUCUGAACUGAUGGAAAAUUCAGCCUCCGGUUCCACAUGGUGUCUUGUUUCUCACGUGAGCAAUCCCAGAGUCCUCAUCAUUGGGGAAAUGGAGGAUUGUCCUACUUUCAUUGUUAAAGUUCUAUAAAUUAUGAGUGAUGUGAACUUUUUUUUUCUCCUGGUGUGUUUACAGAGAGCUAGGCAGCAGCAUUAAGCAACUGGGAAUGGAGUGUAUAUGUUUGUGUUUUUUGAAGCUAAAGUGUACUGAAUAAUUGCUCACCUACCUGUUUUAACUUGUACUGUUUGAUCUUUGUCAGUCUGAAUUAAUUCAAGAUGCUUUUUGUUCCUGUUAUUUGGAGGAAGAUAUUUACUGGUUUGUUUUAAAGUCUGAUGUUCAUUUUCA